AUGCCGGAAACUCUGAUGUCGUUUGCGGCCGCGGCCCCUCACGGAAAGCUGAAUGUCCACGCAGAUCAGCAGCUGGAAGACCCUCUGGCCCGCGUUCUGGCCAAGAUAUCCACUUUGGAGAAGACGAAACUGCUGCAGCAAAUUCUGAAUCGGCUGCCACCCAGCGCCGAUCCAGCCGCGGGCCGCCCCGGCCGCGACUCUGCGAAUUCAGCCCAAACUCGAAAUGCCUAUUUGGCAGCACUGAGGGCCAUCAGCAGCAAAGCAUGCAGCGCAGCAGCAGAGGACAGCAGCAGCAGCAGCAGCAGCAGCAGCAGCAGCAGCAGCAGCAGCAAUGCAAAGGCUGCGCCGCAGCCCUCUGCUGCUUCUCUUUCCAAGUCUCUCUGGGGCAAACAGGAACUUGCAAAAGAGGCCGGAGAAGUUGAAUUGAGUAAAGACAGAAGCAAAACGGAAAAAGGCGAGUUGCUGCUGCAUUUAAUCCUUUUGCCUUUCAAAAACUCCGAAAUGGAACUCCAGCAGCAGAAGCAGCAGCAGCAGGAGCAGCAGCAGCAGCAGCAGCAGCAGCAGCAGCAGCAGCAGAGCCUGAGCCGCCGCAAAACCAACGAAGGGCUUCUCCUGCCCUUCGGGUUUCUCCCGCAGUUCUUCAGUGAGUUUCUCUUGAAUGCUGCACUCCACAGUUUUGCUUCCAACUCCUUCCCUUUGCUGCUGCAGCAGCAGCAGCAGCAGCAGCAGCAGCGCAGCACAGACGCCGCCGCCGUGCUGCUGGCUGGCGCUGAAGCGGCAGCGGCUGACGCAGCACCGCUCAUUCAGGUGUACGCGCAGCUGCAGCAGCGCCCGGCGCAGCGCCCCACAAACCCGCAGCAGCAGCAGCAGCAGCAGCAGCAGCAGCAGCAGCAGCAGCAGCAGCAGCAGCAGCAGCGGGGGAAAGCGACGGAGAUUGCUGCAAUAUUUUUGGCGGAGAUAGCGCAGCGGCGGGAGUGCCGGAAAGACGCUCAGCAGCAGCAGCAGCAGCAGCAGCAGCAGCAGCAGCAGCAGCAGCAGCAGCGGCAGCAGCAGCGGCGGCGGAGAAGAAUCCGCCAGGCCGCAGUGGCCCUCGGGGCUGGGGUGGUUUGCUGGUGGUUGGGCGGGCGGCAGCUCUCGGAGCAGCAGACACCGCGGCUGAACUCGCGACGCGGCGGCGGCGGCUGCUGCUGCUCCCGUAGCAGCAGCAGCAGCAGCAGCAGGGAGCAGCAGCAGCAGCAGCGGCUGCUGCUGCUGCCUCAAGAACGCCUGCCCUCUCCACGCGAGCAGCACGAGCAACAGCGGCAGAAGCAGCAACUGCAGCAGCUGACGCAGCAGCAGCAGCAGCAGCAGCAGCAGCACUCCUAA